AUUGAUCUGUAGCUUCUUGGAUUUCUCCAUCAGAGUGGUUGUAAGUCAAGAUAGCCAAGAAACCCUACUGUGCUUUUUUUUCUGUGAAGAAGCGAGAGGAGGGAGAUGAUGAAGAGGAUGGUGGUACUGAGGCGGUGCCAGCCGCCGCCGCCACCGCCGGCGGCGCCGGCGGCGACGGCGGUGGGAGCUGGGUGCUGCGGCAGGGUGAGGUACGGGGAGUGCAGGAGGAACCACGCGGCGAGGAUGGGCGGGCACGCGGUGGACGGGUGCCGGGAGUUCCUCGCCGAGGGGGAGGAGGGCACCGGCGGCGCGCUCCGCUGCGCCGCGUGCGGCUGCCACCGCAGCUUCCACCGCCGGGUGGUCGUGCCGCAAUGCUGCUGCUACGACGCGGCGGCGGCCGCCGCCGCCUCCGUGGGGUGGGAGUGGCGGGACUGCUCGCCGGAGUCAUCCUCCUCGGCGUCCAGCACAGCGGCCAGCUAGCUGCGACGACGGCAAAGAGAGUGAUCAGUCCACGCCGGCGGCCGGCGCGCCGCCGCGACGGCCGCGUCACGUUUCGCCCAUGACAACGUCGAUCGCCAGGUGUUCGACCGCAUCAUAUCGAUCCAUCCAUGCAACUCUCUCCUCUCCUUUUUUGCACGCUGAAUUCGUUACUGCCGCCUCUUGUUCAUCACUUCAUCUCUGACUUCAUCAGCCUAGCGAGUGAUCGAGCGUGCGAUUAUAUUCAUGAUUCAAUCUCUCUUAAUUUAGUCUGUUGCUACUGGUAUAUUGAUUAAUUGUACGUAACCAAUUAUCCAUUGGAA